AUGUCAGAGCACAAAGGGGCGGCAGGCGCAGGUCGGCCCGUCGUCACCACGGAUCCUGCAGACAUCAUCAGUGUGGUGGUGAAGACCCCGAAGCAGAAGGAGCACUUUGAGGUUGCUCAGAGCAGCACCAUCCAGCAGUUCAAGGAAGACAUCGCCGCACGUUUCCAAACUCCCCCUGAUCUGCUGGUGCUGAUAUUUGCUGGGAAGAUCCUCAAAGACCGCGACACCCUGAGCCAGCACCGAGUUCACAACGGAGCCAACAUCCACCUCAUCAUCAGAUCCCCAACCAAGCAGGACGACCUGGCAGACCAAGGAGCUGCAGCUGCUCUUGUGCAGCCUCCCAGCCACAGCGGUCCCAGUUUGUCCCUGGAUUGCGCAUCUGAUCUGCAGAGCCUGGUCUUGAUCCCUCAGAACGUGCCGGGGCUGUUGAAUUCCAGCCAGGAAAUAGUGGCCCAGACCACAGAAGACCUCUUGUUGAGGAUGAUCAACAUGGAGCUGGACAUGAACGCCAUCAACAGCAACAUGCUCCUGCUGGGCUUCCUCCUGGGGGUGACGGGCACCAACAUCCUAGGGUUGGAUUCAGCAGAUGUGUCGGAGGUGGUGAGCAGCAUCCAAAGCCCUGUGGUGUCCAUAGACAGCUUGCUGAGAGAGGUGGCACAGAGCUCCUUCGAGCAGAGCGUCCUCUCCAGUCCCAACCUGCUCAGUGAUAUCAUCGCAUCCAACCCCCAGAUGCAGCAUCUGGCUGAGCAAAACCCUGAGAUCAGCCACGUGCUCACCAGCUCAGACAUCCAGGACAUCCUGGAGGCGUGCAGCAGCCCGGCUGCGAUGCAGGAGAUGAUAAGGAACCACGACCUGGCCAUGAACAACCUUGAAAGCAUCCCCGGGGGGUACAGCAUUCUGGAGCAGCUGUACAGAGAAAUCGAGGAGCCCAUCCUGGAUGCGGUGCAGACACAGAUGCAGGACGACGUGUUUGCUGGUCUGGACAGUAACCCAGCCCCAGGAGGGGCCAGGCUGCCCGCCCGCACCGAGAACCGCCGGCCGCUGCCCAACCCCUGGGAUCCACAGCCCAGCAGAGGCAGCAGCUGUGACUUGGAAUGGGACGAGCGCUUGGCCUGCAGCGGUGAUGGCCUUAUUGAGGUGAACCUGGGGCCUGCAGUGAGUGUGGAGGAGCCCAGCCACAGAGCGGUGCAGAGCAUGGUGCAGCAGCUGGCAGAGAACUCGGAGCUCAUGCGCGACCUGGAAAGCGCGAUAACGAACCCCAGCAGCCCGGUGCAAAUGCUGCUUAACGGUGAUCACACAGCGAGGGAUGGGAACUCCCCAAAUGGCAACCAAAGCACAGAGCAGCUGCCGUUGGAAAUGGAGAACGCGGGGAUCUCUUUGCUGCUGAGGAACCCCCGGGCGCUGCAGGCGCUGCUGCAGGUCCAGCUGGGGCUCAACACCCUCCGUGCAGAGGUGCCAGAGCUCAUCUUCGGCCUGGGCGAGGAGCCUGCGGAGCUGGAGGGCACAGACAGCUCAUCACAAAGCAGCGGGGUGGAGGAUGUGAGCCUGGCGUCAGAGCAGAGCGAGGAAGAAGAGCAGGCAGUGAUGGAUGAGUGGCAGCCAUAG